UAUAUUUCAUGCAUAAUACCUUCAAAAUAGUUUAUACUUUAAUUUACGGCAAAGUAACGAUUUUUGUAUCCUGAAGAAGGAAAUUACUUCGUUAAUAAUUGAAUUCUCCGUGGAUGUUAUUAAAUAAGGUGGAAGUUUGGAUUAAUCGGUGUAAUUAGAUUAUUCUUUCCGUGAAUACAAUAAGUUUUAAUUGAAUUUUCUUUUGUUAUUUGUGCUUUUUGCUGUUGGCUCACGUGCAAUUAAAGACAAGUAAAGUAAUUUUUGAUUUGCGUAUCAAAAAAAUAAGAAAAUAAUACAUAGAUAAAAGUGUUGUUCUGUUUCACUUAAAUAAAUGAGAAAAUAAUGGAUUAAUGGUUUAAUCGUUCAAAAUAUGACAUUGAAUCCGGACGACGAGAGGCGGCUCCGCCGGAACUGGAGUUUGUUGAAACAGGAACUACGUGUGGAUGAUUUCGUUCACAAGUUUGUUGAGAAUGGAGUCUUUGCGCCCACACUGAUAGGCGAAAUAGCAAAUGUUAUGCCUAAUACGCCGAGCAUGAAAGCUGAGAAAUUCUUGAACUGUGUCAUAACUUGCGGGAAUCUCGGUUACCAGACGUUAUGCCAGUUGAUUCGUAAUAACGCAGAUAAUCGAUAUAGCCGGGUAAUGGAAGCCUUACAGAUUUACCCGGCGGUACAUCAUCCUGGCAACCAGGUUAAUGCCAGUACAGCGGCCAACAAUAGUGCUGUAAGAAACGUCGAAGUUGCCCAUCAAGACUCUAGACCGUCAACAGCUGUUUCCUCCACGAGCAGUGGAACAGUAAACAGUGAGACUGGGGAAAAACAUCGAAGAAUCCGCAACAUCCCGACUGACAACAAUCAAUCCAACAUUGCUGCUGCACCUGUAGCAACAGUGGCACCAACUGUCAAUGUUUUUCAAGCAGGGAGGCGAACAAGCACGGGAGAAGACUCAGAAAAUGGUGGACCAAGACUUUUGUAUGCGGAGUCUACACUUGCUUCACAGAGCGACAUAUCCCUGCAGUCUUUCAGCUCCACUUCGACUGACAAUCAGACACCCAUAAAUAAGAAUUUACUCACAGCUCAGGUAAACAAACCUGGAACUACAACGCCUAAAAGUAUAGCAUCAGAUGGCCAACAGCAAAGCAAGAACGUAUUAAAUCAAGCAGUAGACAAAUCCAGGAGUGAUACACCAUUGGAUAUGCAAGUUCUUGAACAAGAACUUGUCAGGAUGGCGCCGGCUAUUGCAGAUCUUUUUAAGAAAAUUGCUAAGCAAACAAGCAGCGUUCCCACUUCUGAAGAGGAAUUGCAAAAGGUUAAAGAUGAAAACGAACGAUUACGGAAAACGAACAAGUCACUGAUAGAGAAACUGAAUUCAUUCCAACAAAAGAUCAUUCAACUUCAACUUGAUAAUAAGAAACUGAAAGAAAAUGGUGAUACCACCCGUGCCAAGAAAGAAGAGCUGACCGUGAAAGCAAGUGAACUUCAGGACAUGGAACGUAGACUUGAUGAGCACAAAAAGGCACUUGAAGAAAAGGAGACAGAACUGAACACUCAGUUGCUGAAGCUUAAAGAAAUCGAAGAAGAAAAUGAAAUGCAAAGAGAGAAGAUUGACAAACUCGAAGAACUCCAAGAUGAAGGAAUAGUUGAAAGGAACAUACAACAAGAGCAGAUUUCAACCUUGGUCGAGGAAAAGGAACGGCAAAAGGAUCAAAUAGACUCUCUAGAGGAGCAGCAAAAAAUGGGGGAACAGCGUCUUCUGAGGCUCGAACAACGGCUCAACCAAUUAGAGCAGGGACCAAGGCGUCAAGGCCGCAACAGACGGGUCAUGUCGCCUCCAAGAAAUAACCACUGGAUGAACGGCUACGUUGAUCGGUCACAUCAUGCAAAUGUUAAAUUCCAGUCUGAAAUUAAGUUCAACCUUGACCGUGACGGGAAAAGAACAUCAUCUCAAGGAAAAGCGGGAUGGCCCUUUAUCUGAUUAAUGAACGGUGUGAAUUCAGGAUCCGUAAUUUUUAGGACAGUGUUUUUUAUUCGAUAAAAUAAAAUAUCUUCGAACGUAAAGAACAAAGCUACUUAAAAGGGUCAUUAAUCAAAAAUGCUUUUAAACAUUUAUGUCAUGAACAUUUUCUCUCAAACACUUACAUUGAUGACUGUUUUAUUUCUACAUAUUUUUUGUGAAGAUGUACAUACAUAUGCUUAGAAAACCUUUCAGACUGAAAUGAUAGUAACCGGAGACAUUUGAAUUAUCGUCAAAAUGAUGUGAUAGCGUUGGACAUAUUAUGUUGUACAUUUGUAGUUUUUUGUACUGUGUUUUCUUCAGAAAGUUGUGUCGAUACAGCACCUUUACCAAUACCAUAUAACUAUUUUCUCUUCUUGUAAACGAUUCAUUAGUAAAACAAUUAUUGUUCAAUGAACUAUUUUGGUAUAUUGUUUAGAAAACGUGUCGCACAAAGUAAACAGAAUAUAUCACUCAUUCAAAACAUCCAAUAAAUAAAAAACUGAAAACAAUAUCAAUGUUUUUCAUAAGACUACUAUAAGAAACAAUGUAUAUAAUUAUGCCUGUUUUUUAUUUCUAUAUUUCUAUUGAUUGUCUAUAUUUAUUAUUUGAUUUUACGGUCUGUCCUUUAAUGUAUGUUUUGUUGCUACAUGGUUUUUGUAUAUAUAGCUGUACAUAGGCAUGGCUAGAAAACAGAUUUUCUUUUAUCAUAAAAGCAAUCAACUAAACUGAAUGAAUAGUAGAAUGCUUUUUCAUGCGUGUAGUGAAGAAAUACAAGUUUAGCACACUUGAUCAUAUUUUUAAAUUACGCGUCUUCCAGGAGGUUGGACAGUUGAUAUUUAUCUUUUAAUAUUAUGAUUUUUAUACUAAUAUGACAUAGCAUUUAAAUUGUUACAUACAGUAUAUUAAAAAUCUAUGUCAGCAAGUAUUGAAUUAUAAAAAAUAAUAGAAUCGAUUUUAAUCUUCUACAAUUUUAUUCAUUAGCCGAACUACAAUAUCACUGUCUGCGUUUACAAAAUAUAGCUGAAUGGUCCAUUGUUUUAUUGCAAUAUGAUGAUCAUAUCCAUUGAUAACGACGGGUUUGACCCAAUGCCGUGACGAAUACUAAAAUACCAAGUACG